GGGAAGGGGGGCACUCACAUUUCCUAGUCAGCUGCCCCCUCCUGUUGGGCUGCGCCUCCGGCUUCAUGGCCGACCCCGCUUCCGACCUGGGCCCCCUGGGAUACCUGCUACUACUCCUGCUGGUUACCCCAAUCUGGGUCGCACCAGUCAGUCACCGACACCGACACCCUAAAAGCCAGGCAAAUUCACUGAGUAGUGAUGCGGCCUGUGGCCAGUCAGUUCUUGAGGGUAAGAUCUUGGGAGGAAUGCCGUCCCCCUUUCAGAAAUGGCCGUGGCUGGUCAGCCUGCAUUACGCUGGCUUCCAUAUCUGCGGUGGCUCCAUUCUCAAUGCCUACUGGGUGCUGACGGCAGCACACUGCUUUGGCAGGGAGAAGAAGAUUGAAGCCUUUGAUGUGUAUGUGGGCAUCAACAACCUCGAUGUGGCCACCAAAUACACCCAGUGGUUUGAGAUUAACAAGGUGAUCCUUCACCCCACCUACGGAAUCUUUCACCCUGUUGGCGGGGAUGUGGCUCUCGUGCAGCUGAAGAGCGGCAUCACAUUCUCUGACUUCGUGCUCCCAGUUUGCUUGCCGCCUUUCAACCUCAACCUCAACAAUGCGCCUUGCUGGGCCGCUGGAUGGGGACUGGUCUCACAGCAAGGCGACACCUUGAAACAGCUACAGGAAGUCCAGUUGCCACUAAUCUCCAAGUUCCGGUGCCACCUGCUCUAUGGAUUUUCAUCUUACCUCCUGCCAGAAAUGCUGUGUGCUGGGGACCUCGCGAAUGUGAAGAAUGUGUGUGAGGGUGACUCUGGUGGCCCACUGGUGUGCAAGCUGAACCAGACCUGGCUGCAGAUUGGAAUAGUUAGCUGGGGCCGCGGGUGCUCCCAACCCCUGUACCCAGGGGUGUAUGCCAAUGUCUCCUUUUUUUUGAGUUGGAUUCAUUAUCAUGUGAAUACCACACCCAUUCCUCCUCAGCUGUUCCCCUCGCUCUCUCCAUCCCUGAGAGCCACCCUUAGCGUUUUUGUGACCGUGCUGGUGAGCCUGUUGGUGUGAGACGCCACCCCUGUGGGAUGCCUCAUGCCCUGUUCCUAUUCUCUGUAGCUCUCCAGCCCCAUCCCCACACACUUUGUGUCACGAAGCCAGGACACUUGUCCCAGACUUUAUCUAAGUCUGUAAAAAGCUGAGCAAAGGAAGCAGAGAGGGUCAGAGAUGAACCAGGAGGGAGAGCUGGGGGACAGCUGGGGUGAGCCAAGAGCUUGAGCUCUCUACAGUCAAACUUAUUAAAACAUUCGUGAAACAAC